AUGGACUCAGAAUUUGAUACCUCGGGGCAGUUUGUUGCCUCUCUCUACAAGCCGGUCGAACUUCUUCCAAUAUCGCGGCACAGGCAGAGCCUACUGUAUGCCAUUGAAAAAUACCCUGUUGUCAUCCUGGUUGGCGAGACAGGGAGCGGGAAAACGACACAGCUCCCUCAGUUUCUUGAGCAGGCUGGAUGGUGUAAUGAUGGGAAGCAGAUUGCCAUUACACAACCCAGGCGGGUGGCGGUGACGUCCGUUGCGGCUCGCGUUGCAGCAGAGACGAGAUGCGAGCUUGGUCAAGAGGUUGGCUACUCUAUCAGAUUUGAAGAUGUCACUUCAGCCGCCACGCGAAUCAAGUUCGUGACGGACGGUUUACUGUUGCGGGAGGCUCUAGUAGACCCUCUGCUCUCCCGUUACUCUGUCAUCAUGGUUGACGAGGCGCAUGAAAGGUCUGUUAGCACUGAUGUACUGCUGGGUGUGCUCAAGAAAAUCAGGAAACGAAGACCGGAGCUACGGAUUAUAGUGAGCAGUGCCACCCUCAAGGCUGAGGACUACAUGAACUUUUUUGUAGGAGGUGAUCAAGCUGGCAAUGAUACCGCUGAGGACAACAGUUUUGCUAAGAUCAUUACGCUGGGAGGUAAAAUGUAUCCUGUCGACUGUCUGUACUUGGAAACCCCUACAGAAGAUUACAUCGAACGCGCCAUUAAAACUGUUUUUGAUAUUCACGCCAAUGAGCCGGAUGGGGACAUUCUCCUCUUUCUCACGGGGCGUGAGGAGAUUAAUACAGCAACCCAGAAAAUUUCAGAGCAGGCCGCAUUGCUAAGUGAAAAAGCACCGGCGCUUCUACCAGUGCCUCUUUAUGCCGGCCUGACCGCUGAGCAGCAGCUAUAUGCCUUUGAGCCUGCUCCCGAAGACACGCGCAAAGUGAUUGUCUCUACCAACGUGGCCGAGGCGUCAGUCACUAUUGAAGGAAUAGUCUACGUUGUCGACUGUGGUUUUUCAAAACUUCGGGCCUACGAUCCAUCCACGGGUAUUGAAAAGUUGACAACAGUUCCCAUCUCAAAGGCAUCGGCGACUCAGCGGGCAGGCCGUGCAGGAAGAACUAAGCCGGGGAAAUGCUUCCGACUAUACACUGAGCAAUCGUUUCUCUCAUUAUGCGAAGAGACGUCUCCAGAAAUCCAACGUUCAAAUCUUAGCCCAAUCAUAUUACAACUCAAGUCUCUAGGUAUAGACAACGUUGUACGAUUUGAUUACAUAUCGUCACCGCCAUCAGAGCUUUUUGUACGAGCAUUUCAGCUGCUUUCUUCCCUUGGUGCUAUAGAUGAGUACGCAAAACUCACCAAACCGCUUGGAGUUCAAAUGGCAGAAUUACCGGUCAAUCCUAUGAUGGCAAAAGUGUUGUUAAGCUCGACGAAGUUUGGCUGUCUAGAUGAGGUUCUAUCUAUUGCUGCAAUGACAACACUUCAGGAAACGAUCUGGUUCAACCAAGAUGAAAAACGUGGAGUAUCACCGGCUAUACGACAGUUCGCCGUCGAAGAAGGGGACCACUUGACAUAUCUAAACAUCUACCGAGCCUUUGUUACCAAGGGAAAGAAGGACCCAAAAUGGUGCAGAGAUCACUCUCUUAUCCACAAAUCUAUGAUGAAAGCUGUCAGUGUUCGUGUCCAACUUGAGAACCACCUCAAGCGCUUUGGAAUCGACAUGACUAAAAGGCAGAAUGGCACUGCUACCGUCACAACCGAGCAAAUCCAGCGGUGUCUCACAACAGGAUUCUUUGGGCAUGCUGCUAGGAUGCAACCUGAUGGAAGUUUUAAAAGCAUCACUGGCAAUAUCACCCUGCACGCUCACCCAAGCUCGCUUAUGUUUAAUCGAAAAGCAGAAUGGGUAAUUUUCAACGAAAUCCUGCAAACUGGCACUAAAACUUUUAUCAAGGAUAUUACCAAGAUAGAAAAAUCCUGGCUGCUUGAAUAUGCACCCGAAUAUUAUCGAAUCAAGAAGUAG